GUACACAACCCCAACAGCUAGCACAGCAGCCUGUGUAACAGGGUCCACAGCCCGGAGUGAUGCAGGGACCGGGACAAACACAAUGGGUACCAAAGAUGGCCAUCAUUGCUCCUAAACCCUUCACACGGGAUAAGAGAGGCGAAGACCUCGACACGUGGUUGAGGGCAGUGCCGGUCUAUGUCAAGUGUAAGCUUACCUUGCCGCAUGAGGAAUUGCUUGUGGCUGCAUCCUAUCUAGAGGGUAGUGUAGCACGAUGGUUGAGCGGUUUAGUGCAACUACAGGGGUACGGUCAUGACUUCCGCUCUUGGGCAGCCCACCAGAAACUGGAGGACUUCCUCAAGAUGGUGGAAGAAAGUGCUGUAGCUUAUGAGCGACGAGGAGGACACCAGAGAGGACGACCGGAUCUUGCGAUCGGCAAGGCGCCCAGUAGCCCAUUUGGCAUUAGGUCCAAAGGGGACAGAUAUCUGUUCCGCCAGCGUAGAGAGAGGUUGCAGCAGCAGAGGAGGGCUAGAGCAGCAGAGGCUAGCAGGGCACUUGUGAGUGAAGCCGCAGCUUCCGAAGCCAUGGCCACUUCUGCGCAGCAGACUACUCAGGCCGGUACUUCAGGAUCUGUAGGGUCAACGAUCGCGCAUGCCCAAAGUCAGUCCACUGGCGUCAUGGCAAGCCAGCCACUAGUGUUGACUUCCGAUGAGAUCGCCAUACAACAAGCAACAUUGCAGGAGGCAGAGCUACAGAACGCGUUAGGAGAUAUAAAAGCGGAGAAAGAAAGAAUGAUUAGAAGAAGAGCCAGGAUGCAACGGAGACAAGUGGACGUUAGUGAGUUAGAGGAGAUGGACCUGACGCACGUGACUGAUGAGGUGAGGAUCGUACGGUCCGUCCUGCUGAAUGUAGUUGAGAUGCAGGACCAUCAGACAGCCAUCCUUCAGGACAUCCAGCAAAGUCUGGCCCUGUUGGUUGGGCAAGCGCAGGCAACGUCGCCAAUGUCCGGGCCUGGUGCCUGGCCCAUUGUACAGCCUCCUCCUUUUGUCCCACCGGUGAUUGGGGUAUCCCCAUUUGUAGCCCCAUCAUCAGUUGCGAUCGUUUCCCUGGGCAUGCCGCUAUUAGGAGGGAUCACAGCAGGACCUAGUUUGCAGGUUCCGGUAGAGACAGUGUUCACCCAAUCUCUGUUGCAGGUUGAGGUUACCACGCAGCCUGUUGUCUCGCAGUCUGUACAACCGCAGGGUACACAGCCCCAGCAGCUAGCACAACAGCCUGUGUCACAGGGUCCACAGGCCGGAGUGAUGCAGGGACCGGGACAAACACAGUGGGUUCCAAAGACGGCCAUCGCUGCUCCCAAACCUUUUACAGGGGAUAAGAGGGGCGAAGACCUCGACACGUGGUUGAGGGCAGUGCCGGUCUAUGUCAAAUGUGCACCGAUUACUGAGUUCGAUCUGACGGACAAUGUUACUCAAUCUUUGGUGGAAGCCUAUCGCGAGGACCAGUUCAUGUUUGAGAUCAUACGUAGGCUUGAGGCGAAGGACAAAAAGACUUCUGCCGAGUUUGAGUUGGUCAAUGGCUUGUUGUUCCUUGAGAAGGCAGGAAAUAAACGAUUGUGUGUUCCUAAUAGGGAGUCUUUGCGUAGUUUAUUGUUAGGUGAGAGUCAUGAUGCCACCGACCAUUUUGGGUACAAGAAGACCGCAGCUAAUCUGCUGCAGCGGUUUUGGUGGCCCACGAUGAUGCGAGAUGCCCAGCUGUACGUCGAGACUUGUCAAGUCUGUCAGAGGGACAAGCCACGUACGCAGGCUCCUCUUGGGCUUCUGAAGCCCCUUCCGAUUCCGGAAAGGCCUGGUGAGAGCUUGUCCAUGGACUUCAUGGAUACGCUGAUCACCAGCAAGAGUGGGAUGAGACACAUCUUCGUUAUCGUGGAUAGAUUUAGUAAGUAUGCUAGAUUAGUAGCAAUGUCGGAAACAGCAAGGACGGAGUAUGUGAUCAGAAUGUUCAAAGAGAACUGGGUCAGGGAUUUUGGCUUACCAAAGUUCAUUAUCAGUGACAGGGAUGUCCGAUUUACCAGCGAAUUGUGGAAGGCCGCUACUGCAGAGCAGGGAACUCAGUUGCAGAUGACUUAUGGGAAUCACCCAGAGGCCAACGGUCAGGCCAAGCAACUGAAUUGCGCUGUACAACACCUGUUGAGGCAUUUUAUCAAGCCUAACCAGGUGGACUGGGAUGAGAAGCUUGCUCUCAUCGCCAGUCUGUACAAUAAUGCUGUACACAGCGCCACCGGGGUGAGCCCAAACAGUUUGCUAUUGACUUUCAAGCCUAGACUGCCCUUAGAUUUUCUCCUUCCUGAGAAUCAGUCAACUGCUGCACCAGGUACUUUAGAAUUUGCCUACCGGUACGAACAGAAAAUGCAGCAAGUUGUAGAACAGAUGCAAAACGCACAGGCGGCUAUGAUAGAAUCAGCGAACAAACACCGCCGCGAGUCUUCAUUUCAGGUUGGGGACAGAGUCUGGGUUAAGUCCUCAGAACUGGGACAAGAGCACGGGAUCUCCCGCAAGCUCAUGCCACAGUACUUUGGACCAUGGGAAGUCUUAGAUAUUGUUGGGACUGAUCCGGAUGGACCUUCUUACGUAGUCCGGAGCCCUGGUCAUCUUCGUACUUACCCUGUCUUUCACGCCUCCAAACUUGCACCUUUCAAAGAAACAGAUCAGUUUCCCUCUCGUCGCUCAAUGCUGCCCCCAACCAUGGACGGAGAGGUGGAUAUCGAUGAUAUCGUGGACCAUAGGGAGCUGCCAGCGCGAAGACCAGCAGGCAGGGGACGUCCUCCAAAACUGAAGCUGCAGUACCGCGUUCGGUUCCGGCAUCACACUGAUCCAAAGGAGGACCGCUGGUUCACCAGGGAGGAACUAAUGCAGACCGCUCCGCAAGUUGUAGCCCACUACGAGAGAUCUCUGCAGAAGGGAAAGCGCCCUAUGGUUGAAGAUUGAGCUUCUCAGAGGACUGUUGAAGCUAAGGAGGAGGGAAUGCGAGGCCAUUGCCUCUAUGAGCCCCAUUCAGCCCCCAUCU